AUGCGAAACGAAGCAGAAGUUCAAAAGAAACGAGAAUUGUUAGAAGAACAAGAAAGGCAACUACGAACAGCCGAAGAGCAAGCAGAGAAAACUCGUCAAGAGUUAGGUGUAUUAGAGAAGGGGAAUAAUGAAGACAAUGAGAAUCAACAAAAUAGCGAACAGUCAAACACAGUAGAAAGAAUCGAGGUUAAUGAAACCACAAUGAGAACAGCUCAGAUAUCACUUCCAGCAAACAGUAACACACCUACCAGAGGGGCGGGGGCGACUACAUCUCAAGCACAAUUGGAGAGAAUUCGGAUUCCAGUAUUUUCAGGUAACAAAAUGGAUUUUCAAAAAUGACAUGCAGCAUUUAUAAGCUGUGUUGAUUUAACAUCCCUUUCAUCACAAUUCAAAAUGCUACGUUUGGAAGCUUGUCUUACUGGUGAAGCAGCAGAGACUAUAAAAGGAUUGGGAUAUUCAACAGAGGCGUAUGAAGCAGCAAAAGCACGCCUGGUUCGCAAAUACGGUGGCAGUCGGAGACAAGUACAAUCGCAUUUGGAUGAGUUAAAGAAAUUAAAACCCCUCGAAGAGAACAAUCCAAAAGAAUUGGAAAAAUUUGCAGAUAUUUUGGAACGAGCUGUAAUUACUCUGAAAGAAAAUGGUCGCGAGUCAGAUUUGGAGAGUGGAACAUUGCGUACAAUAAUAUUGGGGGAAAUUCCGGAGCGUUUACUUGCACAGUAUUACCGUUGGGUAAAAGAAAACCACUACAAAGAUUCCUUGGAAAAAUUGAAAGAUUGGGUAGCUGAAGAAGCGGAAUAUCAAAUGCAAGCAUCUGAAAUUAAAAAUGGAAUCAAUUCGGACGGUGAAAGAAGAAAGGAGAGAAGAUAUAGGUCAUUCUUUAAUAAAGAAAGCGAUAAGAAAGAGUACGAUCCAUGUUCUGCUUGUGCAGGAAGUCAUCCAAUUUGGAAAUGUGACUCUUUCCGAAAUCAAGCUAUUGAUGAGAAAUGGAAAAUUGCGAGAAGAGUUGGGCUGUGUUACAGAUGCCUCGGGAAAGAUCAUUUGGGGAGUUCGUGUACAAGAAGUCGACAGUGUAAUAUUAAUGGUUGCAAGGAAACCCACCAUCGUUUACUCCAUGGGCAAAGAAGAGUUGAUACCAAAGGUCCUAAUCAAGAUAGCAAUGUUGCGGAAAAACCUCCCAUGAAACAAAUGAAUCCAGAAAAGAAAAAUCUUCAAGAACAGGCUCUUGGCAUGGAGGGGGAUGGCAAUACACAAGCUACUACAAUGAAAACCAGCACAGAUCAUGAUACCAGGAAAAUAGCACUGCGCACGAUCCCAGUUAUUUUAAAAAAUGGAACACGUAAAGUUCAUGUAAACUGUCUGUUGGAUGAAGGAAGUGACACUACUUACAUCAACGAGGAUGUUAUAGAAGAACUAGGUUUAACCGGAGUGAAAGAAAAAAUCGAAGUCAAGGUAGCAAAUGACCAGACAAUUAGUUUUAUGUCGAACACGUUUACGAUUGGGCUGGAAAGCAUGGACGGAAGAGUAGAUACAGAAAUUGUGGCAAAAACCUCGGGAAAGAUCUGUGGGGGAAUGAAAGCUGUUAACUGGUUAACCAUAAAACAAAAUUGGAAUCACCUAAAAAAGAUCCCAUUCCCACAGUUAGCGAAAGGAAAUCAGAUCGAUGUCCUUUUGGGAGCAGACCACUAUGAAUUAAUGUAUUCAAUGAAAGAGAUUGUCGGCAAUAAAGACGAUCCAGUUGUUAGACUUUGUCCUUUAGGAUGGACGGCGGUAGGUAAAAUAGAGCAACGAAGUAAUGUUGGGCAUCAUCACAUUGGAUUUAGUCAUACUUUCCGCAUCCACGUAGAGGAAGCAACGACAAAUGAUGUUCCAAAUGAAUGCUCAGACCUGAAUUCCACCCUCAAACGUUUUUGGGACCUUGAAAGCGUCGGAAUAACCCCCACAAGAGAAUCACUAAUGACGCCCAAAGAGAAGUUAGCAUGGGGAAAGGUGAGCCAGUCAAUGAAAUUUGAUGGUAAGCACUACGAGGUUGCGGUGCCUUGGAAGGAAGACCGUCCUAACCUUCCUACCAAUCUACCAAUGGCCAAGCAGAGAUUGUUCUCCACGGAGAAAAAGCUGUUGAAAAAUAAAGAAGUAGCCCUGGCCUACCAACAAGUAUUGAAUGGAUAUCUUGAAAAACAGUACAUUCGUCGAGUACCGAAAGAUGAAGAAAAGCCUCAGCAGGAAUGGCUUCUUCCCCAUUUUCCCGUAGUACGGCCUGAGAGAGCAAGUACCAAAGUAAGAAUAGUUUUCGAUGGUUCAGCACCUUAUGAAGGCAAGAGUCUCAACACCGAAGCGUUACCUGGUCCUAAGUUACAAAGUAAUGUUUUCGAUAUCUUAGUCAAAUUUAGAAAAGAAACUGUGGCACUUGCUGGUGAUAUAA